AUGUAUCACGUCUUUCAAACCUCUUCAGUCGCUCGGGGUCCAGGAUCCGGCGAGCUUACGGAUGGAUUGAAGACGACGCGACCAACCGGUUCACGAAGGAUAUCAACCAGCAACGCUUGCGUUGAAUGUCGAAGAAGAAAGAUUCGGUGCGAUGGCACCAAACCAUGCAGUCAAUGCCAGUGGUAUCAGCAUCCGGGGGCUUGUAGCUACUCCAAGCCCACGCAGCGAGUGGUGCCCUCACGAAAGUUGGUCGAGAAGCUGUCAUCGACGAUCGACCAAUAUCAAACGGUGAUAUCACGGCUAUUCCCUUCAAAAACGAUCGAGUCGUUGUCGUCCUUGCCCCGCGAAGACCUUUUGUCCCUUGCAUUAUCUCUUCCAACAUCAUCCACCUCAUCCCCAGCCACGGGCGAGCCGCACAACCAGCGAAUACAGACGCAGAGCAGGUCCGACGGAACGGACAGCCUGGAUACCUUGGAACAAGCAGCGGACCACGAUGGCGAAGACCUAAUCAAGUCCAUUGAGCCCAUAACGAAGCUCCAGAGCAUAUCGGAUGAUGUCAACGGCCUGUCCAUGUCGGACCGACAUUCGUCAUACGUGGGCAUCUCAUCUAUCACUGCGGCAAUGAAGGUGAUUAUGAAAACCGCCCCAAACGCUCGAAUAUUCACGACUCUUGUCUCUACCGACACAGCUCAGCCGAGUAGGGCAAGCUCUCCGCCCCUAGAGACUGAUGACCUGAACGGCUUACCACCACUGGCGGAGGGCCAGCGAUUGCUAGCCAGCUACUUCGAACAUGUUCACCCGUUCUUCCCGAUGCUUGAUGAGAAAGCUUUCAGGAAGACCUAUAUGCUCCACGAGCGAUCUGAUGGGUCAUGGAUGGGUCUACUCAAUAUGGUCUUCGCUCUCGGGUCGCUCGCUGCUGGUACAUCCGAAAAUGUGGCACACCUCAACUAUUUUCGACGCACGAGAGAGUAUCUCAACAUGGAACACAUGUUGCCAGGCAGCUUCGAGCGGCUCCAAACUCUAGGCAUGAUGGGCGGCUAUUACGUGCACUAUUUAAACCGACCGAACGAGGCACACGCCAUCCUGCAGGCUGCUCUCAGCAUAGCAUGCUCGCUAGGACUGCAUCGCGAGUACCCCGGAGAGAGGCCCACCAGCACGGCGAACGGCGCCGAUGGGAGCAAUAUACCAGUACAUCAAGGCAGUAAAGUGGAUUCACGCCUCGCAGAGAUGAGACGCAGGGCUUGGUGGAGCUUGUACUGUUUAGAAGCCUGGGCGACAACGACGUCCGGCCGACCGUCUAUAGGAACAAGCCCUGCGAUUACUGUUCGCGAGCCCGGGGAGGCUCCGCACCAGACACUCGACCCCAAUGACCCGGAAUCCCUAAAGACGCUUCCGCUGAUUCACAACGCCCCCUUUUGCAAGAUUAGUCUCAAGAUCCAGGAUCGUCUCGCCACGACUCCUCUUCUUCCGUUCGAAGAGCUACUACAAUUUGACCAAGAUCUCGUGCGCUGGUACGAGGAGCUUCCAUCGAUGCUCACAACAGAUAAAGAGGAAACAAUACCCUCAUACCUGCGGACGCCACGAACUGUAAUGAACUGGAGGUUUCAGAACCUCCGAAUCGUCCUCCACCGCCCGUUCUUAUUAUCAACGGCGUUGAAACGAACGUCGCCAGCAAAUAUGACCGCGGAGGAAAAGAUAGCCGUGAAAAAAUGUAGGCAGGCUGCAGAACAGACGAUCGAGGAUAUCAGCGCUGGGAUUAAGGAAGAGCUCAUAUCGGGCUGGAAUGGUGUUUGGCUAGCCUAUCAGGCGGCUUUUGUCCCUUUGAUUUCCUUGUUCACGGACGAUGCGCCGGUAGAGGAAAAGCAGAAGUGGCAUGCGUCCAUCGCCACUGCGCUCUCUAUAUUUGAACGUAUGAAGCAUUACUCAGUGGCGGCGAAAAAUUCCUUCUUCACCAUUAGUGGGCUUCUCGAAGCCGCCAAAGCCACAAUCGAGCAGCGCGAGGCAGAAAAGCACCAAAAGGCCGCCCAGCAGAAGGUCAACGAAGAUCCUCAGCGUCAAUCCCAGGCUCGAGGGAAGAACCGACUGGGGAAAAUCCGCACGGAAAGUCAGGAUAGCGGCGACUAUUACCUCUCUACAAGUGGCACAUCUGCCGAUGGCUCGAUGAGCCCACACGAUCUGUCUCUAGCGAGAUCCGUGAAAUCCGUCAAGCUCGAGCCGCGGCCUCCUGAGCCACUAGCUCUGGCGCCUGAGUACCAUGAAGGCGGCGCACGGCUUCAGAGAUUCAUCCAAGCCAACCAGAUGCAGCCCAACAUAAACGGGGCACAGAUGCGACCGAAUUUGAUGUCGAACGUGAUGAUGCAAGCGCCGCUGGCCGGCCGGCAUCACCAGCCGAUGCAGGGCCAGCCCAUUGACUAUUCCGAUUCGAUCGACAUGUCCUUUAACGGAGUGUGGGAUAAUAUGAUGUGGGACACGGCGGUUCCGAUGGCCGAGGAUGCGUUUGGUCUCACGGACUUUGAAUGGGAGAAUGACGAACAGAAUCAAACGCUGGGUUCUUGGGGUUGGCCAACAACAUGACAUUACGAGGGAUAAUUGGCUGGUGUUCGGUUCUUUUUAGUUAAUUUCACCAAUACCCCAUAUUGCUGGUGUAGUAGGUUAGAGAAGGAGUCUAGUUUGUAGUAUUCGAGAUCGCGCUACGAAGCAGGACGUACAUAGUUUGGGCGAUGACGAGGUAAAAAAUGAGCAGCCCCAGAUGAUUUGGGGUAAAUGAACAUUCUCCAACG